AUGGGCAAGUUGGCUAGCUGGAUCGCCCUGGCGGCAUGGGGCGCCGGCGCCGUCUCGGGGGCAGGCCUCCACGACCUGGCGGUUCAGAGCGGGCGGCUGCUGUUCUUCGGCACGGCGACGGAUAUAGGCCAGUUCAACGAUCUGGAGUACACGGCGCUUCUCAACGCGACGGGCGAGUUCGGCAUCGUGGUGCCCGAGAACAGCAUGAAGUGGGAGGUGACGGAGCCCAAGCAGAACCAGUUCGCGCUCCGUAACGCGGACGCGGUGAUGGCCAGGGCGAAGGGCAACGGCCAGAUGCUGCGGUGCCACACGCUCACAUGGCACUCUCAGCUGCCCCAAUUUGUCUCCGCCGGCAAGUGGACGCGGGACACGCUCACGGCCGUCAUCGAGACGCACAUCUCCAACGUGGUGGGCCACUUCAAGGGCGACUGCUACUCGUGGGACGUGGUCAACGAGGCGCUCGCGGACAACGGCACGCUCCGCAACAGCGUCUUCUCGCGCGCGCUCGGCAGGGACUUCAUCCCGAUCUCGUUCCGGGCGGCGGCGGCGGCGGACCCGGGCGCCAAGCUGUACUACAACGACUUCGACCUCGAGUUCAACUCGGCCAAGACGGACGGCGCCGUGGGCGUCGUGCGGGACCUGCAGGCCGAGGGCGUGCGCAUCGACGGGCUCGGGCUCCAGGCGCACCUCGUGGCCGGCAAGACGCCGUCGCCGCGGCUGCUGUCGACCGUGCUCGGCCGCUUCACCGGCAUGGGGCUCGAGGUGGCGCUGACGGAGCUGGACAUCCGCAGCAGCAAGGUGCCCGCGGACGAGGAGACGCUGCAGCAGCAGGCCGAGGACUACGCGAGCGUCGUGCAGACGUGCGUGGACCACGACAAGUGCGUCGGCGUCGUGGUGUGGCAGUUCACGGACAAGUACAGCUGGGUCCCCGGCUCGUUCCCGGGCGCGGGGGACGCGUGCCUGUUCGACAACGCGAUGCAGCCCAAGCCGGCGUACGCGGCCGUGUCCAAGGUGUUGCAGCAGGCCGUGGCCAAGGCGGCGGCGGCGGCGGGGGGCGGCGGCGAGGGGAGCGCAAAGACUGCGUCGUCGUCGCCGUCGCCUCCGGUCGGUGCCGAGGCCGGGACCGGCACCGAUGGCGGAGUGUCGGCAGCGUCCGUCUCCCAGCCACCUUCCGCUUCGGGAGCAGUGCGGAUCGGCCCCCUGUCGGCAGCAUUAUUGGCCAGCUGGGUGCUCGCGGCGUCCUGGCUGGUGCUGUAAUUGAC